CUCAGCGAUUGCGAUGACACAUGGAUCCUCAGUCAGGCCCACUCGGGCCAUCGAUACCGGAGGGCAAGAGGUGGGAAGUAAUGUUACGACGAUGUCGUGGUGAUGCUCGCGAGUAAUCUUACAGGCCACGACUGCAACACGGCCCCGCCAGCCGAGAAGCUGCGACUGGGCGGCCAAACCAGGACCGUCUUUGCCGGUUCUGCGGCCUCUGCUCUCUCGAUCAGGUGGAGGCAGGCGGUCCGUGCCCAACGGCCGUGAGCGUUGUGGCUACAAGAAGGCGCAUUCGAAGCCACCCAUUCUUCCUUUCCAUCCCACCAUCUCACCAUCGCCACACACACCGACAUGACAUCUGCCGCCUCCAACCUCCGCCCAUUCCCCUCGUCCAAGGUUCAGGGCUCGAUCCCUAUCGCUGCCCUUGGAUACGGCGCAAUGGGUCUUCACGCCUUCUACGGUCAGCCCCGCUCUGACGAGGAAACCUUCGAGGUCCUUGACUCGCUGGUCAAAAAUUCGCCCCAGCUCCCAGUCAUGGUCGACACGUCGGACGUCUACACCACCACGCCAGGAAAUGGCGACAAUGAGCGAGCCAUCGGCCGCUGGCUAGCCAAGGACCCUCAGAACAGGAAUAAAGUAUUCCUCGCUACAAAAUUCGCCUUCGCACCUGACCGCUCUCUCGCCACUUCAGCGGAGGACGCCAAGAAAGCCAACAAGGCUAGUCUGGAGCGACUCGGCGUCGACUACGUGGACCUGUAUUACGCUCAUCGCCCUGACCGCAGCGUAGGCGUGGAAGACACCUUCAAGGGUCUCAAAGCGCUCAAAGACGCGGGCAAAACCAAAUUUGUUGGCUGCUCAGAGUACAGCCUCGAGGAGCUCAAAACUGCCAACAGCAUCGUCCACGUCGAUGCCUAUCAGAUUGAGGCCUCCCCCUGGACUCCCGAGGUCUUCACCAACGGCCUCGCCGCAUGGUGCGAGGAGAACGGCACUGCCCUCGUCCCUUACUCGCCCCUUGGACGUGGCUUCCUCGGUGGUCGCUUUAACAAGCCUGAGGACAUCCCAGAAGACGACUUCCGCCGCCACAGCGAGCGCUUCCAGGGCGAACACUUCAAGAAGAACAUGAAGCUCGUCGACGAUCUCAAGGCCCUUGGGCAGAAGAAGAAUGGAGCUACGGCGGCGCAGGUCUGCUUGGCUUGGCUCAUGGCGCAAGGCGACAACAUCUUCCCUAUCCCCGGCACCACGAACGUCGGCAGGCUGCAGGAGAACUUGGGUGCUGCCAAGGUGGAGUUGAGCAAGGAAGAGGUGGCCGAGAUUACCAAGGUUGUAGCUAGCUUCAACGUCAGCGGGGAGCGAUACCCUGCUGCGUUCGCCGGUGCGCUUGCCUUCUAAGCGCGAGGACGACGCUAUCCUCAUACCACGCUCUGUCUCUCAAAAUCCACAUCAUGAUUCAUCUGUAGCAUCGCAUUUGGUAUUAGCGUGACACUCUCCCAUGCUCAGAGCUGCGAAGCGACGUGCUGCGG